CAUAAAUGUAAAUAAAUGUGUCCGUCUGAGCCAGAGAUGACCCGCCCGACCGUGUCUUAGGUUGACUACCAGUGUAUCAGUACUAGUGAAGGAGGUCAGCGGCACAGGGACAAGCAGACAAGACGUGUGUUGCCAUCUCCACAAUGCUGCGUUCGCUGUACACUUACAAAGGGACGCAUGCCCGCACCCUGGGCUUCCAGGCGGGUGAACGGUUUGUGGAGGUGGGGACAUCACGUGAUCCCAACUGGUUGCAUGUGAUGAGUGAGCGCGGCAUCAUUGGAUAUGUGCCUAAGAACUAUGUUACUGAUGAUGAGACAGAUGCCGUGGCCAUGUUGGAAUUUAUUGAUGGCUGUUUGGAGGCUACACAUCUCAAUGCCAGUGAGCGUGGUGGCCACUACAGCCGAGGAGAGCAAGAGGCACUGCAGCGUCUGGUAGAUCUGCGACAAAAGUGGCAUGCCCGCUGUCCCCCUGCUACAGCUCCUGGCAAGCGUCCUGCACCACCACCUCCGCAGCGCUCAGCAUCCCAACUCAGCACAGACAGCCUAUCCAGCCUUGGGGGCAGUGGCCUACCCUCCCCAAACCUCCCCAGCACUCCUCGCCUUCCCUCCCUCCCUCCCAGUGGGUCAUCCUCCAGUCUGGCACGUGAGGAGCAGCACCAACAGCACCAACCUCAGCUACAGCAGCAGCAGCAACAGCAGCAGCAGGGGGCUGGUGUUGCUGAGACCACAACCAGUUUCAUGGCACGUGGUGACUCUCUAGUUCAAGAGGAGAGCAGUGGUAGUAGUGAGGGCCACGACACCAGCAUUGGAUACGAAUCAGAGAUGAGAAGUGAUGUGGAGUCUGGAGUCCAAGCCAGCAUUAAGUCCCUGGUGUCACAAGUCCCUGAAGGCUACUUGCGCACUUUGGUGGAAGAAGUAAGAAGCAAUGCCUCCGUCAGCUUCACUGCUAGCCACCAGGUGGUGGAGAUUGUGCUGAAGAGUCUUGGAUCUGUACUGCCAGCUCUUCACCCUCUCUGCUCACAUAUACUAGCCAGCAAAGAAAGCAAAACUGAUGGCAGUGAGGAGUCUUGGCAGCACAGUGUGGAUGGAUGCCGGCUGGUGGCACUGCUGGAGGAACUGCGUGCCUGCAAAGAUGAUGAGCAGCAGAGGUCUUGGGCACUGCAUGAAGAUGAGCACACCAUUGCAUCUCACCUCACUGACCUGUUGGACUUACUGAACACAGGUGACCUAGAGGCAUGUCGUCGAGUGUUAGCACUGGAUGACUUCAGGCCACUGCUGACGCUGGUCCAGUAUUACCAGAUGGAGACCCGCUGGCCCCUCCGGAGGAUGCUGCUACAGGUGUUUGGAGCUGUGUGCCAGAUGUCAGCAGCCAAUAUUUCUUAUCUGUCGGCAUCUGUGUUUCCAGUGGAGCUGGCAAGAGAGAUGUUGGAAAGCACAUGCAGUGAGGAGCAGUUACAGUACAUCUCCCUGGUGCUGGGUAUGGUGCUGUGCAUGGGAGACACUCUGCCCUACCCCCACUUUAGCGUCAUGAAUGAAUCCUUUUUGCUGCUGCUGCUGGAUGGAAUAGAACGCUACAAUGAACACCCAGACACUGAGCAGCUGGCGGAGCUCUAUCUCACUUUGGUAUUGGCUUUCAACCUUCAAUACACUACUCCCUCUUUUUCCUCUACUUCUUCUAUAGUCACUCUUCCCAAUGGUAUGGAAGCAGGAGAGGAAGGGAGAACAGGAAUCAGCACUACAGAGGAAACAAAGCUGUCCCAGGCAGGAGCUGACAUGGAGAAUGUGUUGAUCAGGCUUCUAGGACAGAGGGAACACACAAAGCAUUUCACUGAGAAGCUCCUCCUUUUGUUCAAUAGAGAGGAGGAUCCCUUGGCCAUGUUUGAGCAUGAACCACGACCACCACACUCCGUCCUCAAGAUGAUGCGUGACAUGUAUUCGACCCGUGCCACUGCCUCCAUUUUCUACACGAAUGAUGAGCGGGUGGUGUGUGACAUCAUCAUCCGGCAGCUGACAGACCUUCCUGCAGAUGACAAACGGCGUAAUGAAUACCUCCACUUGCUGUGGGGUGUGGUGGAAGCUGGGGGCUGGCAGGAGCAUCAGCACAGGCGCCAUGAGGUUUCUACUUGCUGCUCUAAUAUCUUGGCUGAGGAGGAGCCAGUUGCCCUUAAGGACCAAGCACUCAUUCAAAGACUCAUUGAUUCUUAUCCGAAGUUCUUUAAUGAUGAUAACUAGUCCAGCUUGUGUGUGGUGGAGGUGGAGGGGUAUGUUUGUGUGGGUGUUCAGUGUCAGGUGUUGUCACUGUGGGUGGGAGGAUGGAGGCUGUUAGUGCUGGGACAAAUGUAUGUACUAUAAAAAAUAUAUGAAGUACAUGUGCUCAAAGGCAGCUUGCUUUGCAAUUUGGAGUUUAAAAAAUGUGCUUA